CUAACCUGUUAUGAAGUUGCAUGUAAACAAACUUUCUUCUCGAUUGGUUGUGCAAUCCCAACUUAGUUUCAUACACCACGAGGAUGUAAUUUCAGUAACGCACUCUGAUAUUAGUUCUAGUUACAGACAUGAUUUCCGAGUUUGUAGCGGGGACCGAAGCUGGAGCCAACGAGGCGGGCGAGAUUCUACAUGACGCUGGGGAACUGAAGCAUGUGUGUUGUGCAUCGGGGGACGGGUUUGCCCAGGAGUCUGUCAACAGGACCGAAAUCCUGGACUUUGGGAACGAGGGGUUCCUGCUUCAUGGCCUGUUCACCCCUCAGGACUGUCGGCAUUAUAUUGACAAGGGGGAAGAAGUUGGGUUUGAACCCCUCAUCGGCGUGAAGGAAGAAUACAGAAGUUGUCACCGAGUUUCCUUCAGGAGCCAGGAGCUAGCAGAGCUUCUAUGGGCAAGGCUGGAGCCAUUCCUGUCCAAUAUUGUCAUCAAUGGUGACCCAAAACAGCAACAUGUACAAGGCAUUGACUUCCUUCUCCAGGGAACAUGGCAGCCAUUGGGACUCAACCCGGUGUUCCGACUAUGCCGUUACUUACCAGGGGGACACUUCAGCCCCCACUUUGAUGGUCACUUCUCCAGCAGCACUGACCAGCGGUCACUCCAGACGCUGAUGCUCUACCUCAAUGGAGACUUUAGUGGGGGAAGCACCAACUUUGUGGAUGAGAAACAAGUUCUGUACAAGGACGAGAAUGGCAAGUUCUGUGCAGAGGAGAAAAAUGUCCUGUAUCGCAUCCAGCCUGAACCUGGCAUGGCUAUUGUCUUUAACCAUCACCGGCUACACGAAGGGGAGAAACUAGGUGAUGGUCGGAAGUAUAUUCUGAGGACUGACAUAAUGUUCCGCAAUGCGAGUCCAAGUGCCUGUUCCGAGGCUGACCAAAAGGCCUUGUUGAUGGUGCAGGAUGCUGAACGCAAAGAGGCUUGUGGGGAGUGUAUGGAAGCAGCUGAACUGUACAGGAAGGCCUUCAAACUGUCACCCUCUUUAGCAAAGGCGUAUGGAAACUGACAGCCAAGCAAACAACUUGCCAUGUUUCAUAAAGAAGUGCAAUAGCUACCAGAAACUUUGCUGAAGUCUUCCAUAUAUACUGGGAUAUCGCAUCAGUGAUCCUUUGCAGAUUCCAGCUUAGAAAAAAGAGGUUGGGUGGUCACAAUGUCACCUUGUUGAUUGUCAUCAUGACGUCAUUGUUGUGGCUAUUAAUUCCUGGUUUCCUAAGUCAAAAUACCUGCAGUAUUUCUUGAUGCAGCAUGACACACCACAUACUCACUCAUUCCUAUGCAGGGGCAGAUACAGCUUUUUGAGAAAGGGAGAGCGUGCACUAAUUUUCACCCGUUUUCACGAGAGUUUCAACGGUCAUUUAAUAAACUUUCAGGACAAACGUUUGUGUGUGCACUCCUGCACCCAACCUCUGGAUCUACCUGUGUAUGCUCCUGAUGUUAGGAAGGACGAAAAGCACUGUCUAUGAUGUUACUAUAUAUACUACUCAAAACAAUUUUGAAGAACAUGCCAUUAAUUAUAGUCAUAAGACAAUAUCAUGUUUUAAGUUCUUUGAGUAUUAUAUUUUUUGCAAAUAAAAUGUGUUUAACUCUG